AUGCAUCGAAUGUACAUGAGACACCUCCAGGCCAGGUUGAUCCAAACCGCUAUCACGCUUCAUUUCGACCACGGAAACGCGAGACCAAAGGAAGAAAUCCAAACCCUGGAGUCCACUCUUAGGAAGUACGUUCAGGCUGUCCAAGACCAUGAAUACAUGGCGAGGUAUGCUGGGCAACGCAACGAUCCGUUCAUUGCGUCAAGUGAGCGAAUUCACGACAACUACCUGCUGAUGAGGGAAAUGACCAGGUACGGAAAAACUGCCAGCGACAUGGAAGCGUUCAAAGAAGGGGCAAUCCCAACUGGACCAUGGGAGACUGGCGAAGGCGGAGCGCAACCUAUCGGUGCCACUCGGACUGAGACCUUGAAGAGAGGACUCUGGUCGCGGAUUGCUGGGGCCUUGGUUGGUGGCGCUUUCUUAGUCGGUCCCAUGUGGUUGCUUGCACUCAAACAAGAACUGUAUUUGCAACUGGGUGUAACAACGGGUUGCGUGUCAGUUUUUGGGCUUCUCAUGGCGUGGUAUCUGAGUAGCUUAGAGGCUGUAUUCGCCGCAUCUGUAACCUACGCUGCCGUCCUCAUGGUAUUCAUCGGCGUCAUGAUACAGGAAAAGGGCGGGAAAUGA